AAAACAUUAUGAAAAUAGUCUAUGAACGCUUAUCAGCAAUAGAUGGCUAUUUUGAUGCAGAGCGUGAAAGACACCAGCUCCAUCAGCUACUAGCCCAUGACUAUGCUUACUCCAUAUAUGGUACUGCCUCUCUGUCAGGUGCCAGUCACCACUCUGAAUCAACAAGCAUAGCUGCAAAAAGGGCUGAUGCAGUUGCGGAGCUAGCUGCAAGGGAGGCUCAAUACAAAGUAAUGCAAGAAGAAAGAAAGCAAAAGGAAAAAAUAAGAAUAAUGGAGGAGCACCAUAGGAAGGAAUUAGACAUGCAGAGGUCUGAAUUAGAGCGUCUACAAGCAGAAAGGGACAUGGAGGCAGCUCGUGCCAGACUGGAUAUCUAUGACAGAGAAAUUAAACAGAGCCCCCCUGUAUACCACCAAAACCCUCACACUGUCGCACCAGCAUCCCCUACAGACGUGUCCUAUCUGGCCCAAGCAAUUCAAGACAGCAUAGCCAUAAACAGACUCCCGAUGCCAAUGCCCACAGUGUUUAGUGGAGAUCCAAUCCACUACAUUGAAUGGAAGGCUUCAUUCAAGUCACUUGUAGACAGAAAAGGUAUUUCUUCAGCUGAUAAACUUUAUUACCUGAAGAAGCAUGUCAGUGGCCCCACUCACAAAUGUCUUGAAGGCACCUUUUAUCGAAACGAUGAUGAGGCAUACAGAGAUGCAUGGAAUAAGCUCAACCAACGCUACGGUCAGCCAUUUGUCAUCCAACGAGCUUUCAGGGACAAGCUGGCAAAAUGGCCAAAAAUACAGUCUAAGGAUGCAGAAGGAUUAAGAACAUUCUCAGACUUCCUAAAUGCCUGCCUGCAAGCCAUGCCUCAUGUGAAGGGUCUAGAAAUAUUAAGUGACUGUGAAGAAAACCAAAAGCUGAUACAGAAAGUUCCUGACUGGUUAGCAUCCCGUUGGAAUCGUCAGGUCACAACAGCCCUCAUGGGAGGUAAGGAGUUUCCCACCUUUGAGGAUUUCGCUAACUUUGUCUCAGUAGAAGCAGAGAUAGCAUGCAAUCCAGUCACUUCCCUACAUGCUCUUCACUCUUCUAACUCAUUCCAGGACAAAAGAAACACAAAGGAAGUAAAGGGAAGCAAAGCCAAUGUCUUCAACACUCAAACUGCCAUAAACAGUGUUAAAUCAGUAUCAAGCAGUGGAAAAUCAAGAAUCCCCUGCAUGUGGUGCAAAGAUGACAAGCAUCAACUCCCAAAGUGCGCAGACUUUAUGGAAAAGUCUCUGGAGGAGCGGCGAAAACAUGUGAAGGACAAUAAGCUGUGUUACGGAUGUGUGAAACCCGGUCACACUGGCAAGGAAUGUCGUCACCGCCACACUUGUGAUAUAUGCAAGGGAAGACAUCCUACCUGUCUCCAUGAUGAGAACUACAGAGGACGUGAAGGUAGAGAAGGGCUUGUAGCUAAUGUGAACACAGCUUCAAACAUAGUAAACGAAACCACAGCAGCCAUGGCACUCAAUGUCACUAGAGGGGGUCAGUCAUGCAGCACUUCCAUGAUCGUCCCUGUAUGGGUGUCCUCUGCUACAAACCCAUCUAAGGAACAGCUUGUCUAUGCAUUAUUAGACACUCAAAGUGACAGCACCUUUAUUGACAAUGGAAUAAGUAAUGAAUUACAAACAGAUUCCCACCCGGUGAAACUGAAACUUACCACUAUGCCCGGAGAGAGCAUGAUCAUGAAGAGUCAAAGGGUGGCUGGACUCCGUGUGAGAGGCUACAACUCAUGCUUUCACAUCGACCUUCCUCCUUCAUAUACAAAAGACUGCAUUCCUGGGAACCGUGACCAUAUACCCACUCAUGAAACAGCAAAGAGAUGGCCUCACUUAACAGCAAUCACCGAUAAGGUGCCACCUCUCCUUAGCUGUGAUGUAGGACUCCUAAUUGGAUACAACUGUCCCAGAGCACUAACCCCCAGACAGGUAUUAACAGGAAAAGACAACGAGCCCUAUGCCAUUCUUACAGAUUUGGGGUGGAGCAUUGUUGGCUGCUCAACACCAUGCGUUGAUGAAACAGACUCUAGUCUGUGUCACAGAGUCACAGUAAAGGAACUCCCUCCAGUAACACCGAUGGAUGUGAUAAGUGUCCUGGAGUCGGACUUUAAGGACACUAAAAGAGACGACAAGACUGUCUCACAAGAGGAUCUUCUUUUCCUGAGCGAACUAAAUGAAGGCAUAAGGAAAAAUGACCAGGGACAUUAUGAGAUGCCUCUGCCCUUUAAGCAAAGGCUACACUUCCCUGACAACAGGAAACUCGCUGAAAUCAGGCUCAGUCAUCUACGACGGAAGUUCUACAGGGAUGAGAAAUAUAAAAGAGACUACACAACAUACAUGAAAGAAAUCAUUGAGAGAGGUGAUGUCGAGGAGGUAUGCGAAGAUGGAACUCCCGGUGAACGAUGGUACAUUCCCCAUCAUGGCAUCUACCACCCUAAAAAGCCUGAAAAACUGCGUGUCGUGUUCGACUGUUCUGCAAAGCACGCCGGCACAAGCCUCAACGAACACCUUCUUCCAGGGCCAGACAUGAUAAACAACCUAACGGGCGUCCUCAUACGGUUCAGACAGCAUCCCAUAGCUCUCAUGUGUGACAUAGAGAAAAUGUUUCACCAGUUCCAUGUCCAAGAGGAUGACCGCAACUACCUGCGUUUCCUGUGGUGGAAAGAUGGAGAUACAAACACACAACCUCAGGAAUACCGAAUGAAGGUACAUCUUUUCGGUGCUGUGUCAUCCCCUGGCUGUGCGAACUAUGGCCUGAAAUAUCUAGCCAAGGAAAACAGUCUUUCACAUCCAAUAGGAUCCCAGUUCAUCACCAGAGACUUUUAUGUGGAUGAUGGAGUCACAAGUACAGACACGGUGGAAAAGGCCAUUCAGUUGGCACACGAGGCAAGAGAGGUAUGUGCCAAAGGUGGUCUCCGUCUUCAUAAAUUUGUGUCAAACAACCAUGCUGUUCUACAGAGUAUACCCUCGUCAGAAUGUGCAAUAGACGCCAAGACAAAGGAUUUGACCUUCAACGUUAUACCGCUGGAGCGAGCACUAGGGAUUCACUGGAGCAUAGAGGGGGAUAGUUUCAGAUUCAACAACACCUUGAAAGACCAACCAGCGACACGUAGAGGCAUACUGUCUACUGUUGCCUCCAUAUAUGACCCCCUCGGCUUCCUUGCGCCUUAUGUUCUCAAAGGAAAGAGGAUCUUACAGGAAAUGUGUCACCAAGGUAUUGGUUGGGAUGACCCCCUACCAGAGAUGCUGAAGCCACGGUGGGAGAGCUGGCGUCACGACUUUGCCAACCUGCAGAAAGUAAACAUAGCUCGAUGUUAUGUACCUGCCAAUUUUGGAGAGGUCAUAGAUACAGAGUUGCAUCACUUUUCAGAUGCGAGCGCCAGUGGAUACGGACAAUGCUCUUAUCUGAGAGUCAGAAACCAAAGAGGAGAGAUUCGCUGUUCUCUUGUGAUAGGAAAGGCCCGUGUUUCUCCCACAAAGUUGACUACAAUACCAAGGCUUGAAUUAACUGCAGCAGUGGUUUCAGUCACCAUCAGCAAUAUGCUCAGAGAGGAACUUGGUUAUGCUGAUGGGAAAGAGUACUUCUGGACAGACUCAAAGGUAGUCUUAGGCUACAUAAAUAAUGAUGCACGGCGCUUUCACACCUUUGUCGCCAACCGGGUCCAGAAGAUCCGCCAUAGCACAAGUCCCCAGCAAUGGCUGUAUGUCCCCACAGAUAAGAAUCCAGCGGAUGGCGCAUCCCGGGGAAAAACUGUAAAUGAACUGCUCACAUCCAACUGGUUUACUGGUCCCAUGUUCCUCUGGGAAAAGGAAAUACCUGCACCUAGGGAUGUAAUACCGGACCUAAGCGUAGGAGAUCCAGAAAUCAAAAGGUCACAAACACUGCAAACAAAGACCACAGAACCAGUGAGUCUUGCCGACCGUAUGUCCAAGUUCUCAUCAUGGUCCCGAGCCACCAAGGCUGUGGCCCGCCUUCUGCGACGGGCUAAGAAAAUCAAAUCAUGUGUUCAUUCUACAGUGAGUGAACAGGAAAGUGCUAAACGUGUCAUAAUCCAAGACCUGCAAAGUCAAGCAUAUGAGAAGGAAAUCCAGCUGUUAAACAAAGGAAGUCAACUACCACAUUGCAACAAACUGCACCGCCUUGAUGUUUUUCUAGACACGGACGGUAUCCUCAAGGUUGGGGGAAGACUCCGCCACUCAUCCCUUGCUGACUCAUUCAAACACCUGAUUGUCAUCCCCAAAGAGCAUCAUGUGACAAAACUAAUAAUAGCUCACAACCACGAAAAGACAAAACAUCAGGGAAAAGGCUUCACCACAAAUGAAAUCAGAUCCAAUGGCUAUUGGAUCCCUGGUAUGAGCCGAGCAGUUGCUUCAUACAUUCGUCAGUGUGUGACUUGCCGUAAGCUCAGGAGACCCCCAGAGGGCCAAAGAAUGAGUGACCUACCUACAGAACGUGUAGAGCCCUCCCCACCAUUCACAUAUUGUGGUAUGGACUGUUUUGGUCCUUUUGUCACUACAGAGGGAAGAAAACAGCAUAAGCGAUAUGGCCUGCUCUUUACCUGCUUUUGCUCACGGGCCGUCCACAUCGAGAUGCUAGACGACAUGUCCACCGAUGCUUUCAUCAACGGCCUGCGAUGCUUCAUUGCUGUUCGAGGUGCAGUCCGUCAAAUCCAGUGCGACCAAGGCACUAACUUUGUUGGCGCAAAGAAUGAAUUCAAGGCAGCUCUGCAGGAGCUCGACACACAGAGGCUCUGUACAUUUCUGUCACAAAAGCAGUGUGACUUUGUCAUGAACGCACCCCACUCCAGUCAUGCAGGCGGCGUGUGGGAGCGCCAGAUAAAGACUGUCAGGAGUGUCCUGAACUCCACUCUAUCACUUUCUCAUGGCAGACUCAACGAUGCCUCAUUACGGACUCUACUUUAUGAAGCCAUGGCUAUAGUCAACAGCCGACCCCUCACCGUGGAUAACUUAAAUAGCCCUGACAGCCUGGAGCCACUCACCCCCAAUCAUCUGAUCAAUAUGAAAUCCAGCAUAGCACUGCCUCCCCCUGGCACAUUCCCCAGAGAGGACUUGUACGGAGCGAAAAGAUGGCGGCGUGUACAAUAUCUGGCAGAGCAGUUUUGGAGCCGCUGGAAACAGGAGUAUCUUCACAACAUCACCACAAGGCAACGAUGGCACAUGCCGAUGAGAAAUAUACAAGUGGGUGAUGUAGUGAUGGACAUUGAUGAACUGUUGCCCAGAAGUGAAUGGAGACUCGCAAGAGUCUUAAAAACUGUCAGUGGUAAAGAUGGACUUGUAAGGAGAGUGAAAAUCUCAGUAGGAGAUAAAAGACUGAACAAGAAGGGUGAACGCCUUGGUACACGUUCCAUAUUAGAGCGACCAGUGCAGAAGUUAGUUCUGUUGUUAGAGGCUUCUUAAGCCCAUGACUGUAAGCAAACAUUAUCAUUCCUAAUGUGAAAAUUAUUCAUAGUUCAUAUCAUUUAUUAUGAAACAUUCAUAAUUUUGGUGGGAGUGUAAAUAACCCAAUUUAUGUCUUAGCUCUAAAGAAAAGAUAGCCCUGUUGAACAUCAUUUUGUUACAAUAUGUCUUAUUACAUAUUUGAUCUGUUUGUAGUGCCUUAUUUCCUAUUUUGAUUAGAAGGGCUUUUAUUUUGAAGGCGGCAUUCUGGUACUCGCCCAGUUCCUGCUUCACGCAACAGUAAAGAUAAACAGUAAGAUGAAAGAACUAAGAAGGAAAAAUGCAAUGUUUUAGCACCCCCCGAAGAGGCACAAGCUCUUACGUUGGUUUUGGGAUUGUCAUUAAACCUAAAAUCAUCAGUUCAAGUGUCAGACCAUCUUUCGGUGGGGUAUGCUACA